AUGCUGCUGCACGUAAGCGCGGAUUAUCAUCACGUGGUUGAUGACUGUGAAGAGGCGUGGGUCGCGUGGGCGCGUUUGAAGACGCUGUACGGCGGGUCGCAGAAGGCUGGACGCAUCUACUUGAAGCGCCAGCUGCUCAGCAUGGAGAUGGCGGAAGGCGGCAAUGUGAUGCAUCAUUGCAACGAAGUCCUCAACAUCAGCGCGAAGCUCAGCAGCAUCGGCGCCAAGAUGGAGGACGAGGACGUGGCGAUCUGCUUGUUGCGCAGCCUCCCCAAGAGCUACGAGAACGUCGUUCUCAACUUGGAGAUGAGCAGCGCGGAACUGCGAUCGCGAGACGUCGUGAGAGUGCUCACGAAUGAGCACAUCAAGAGGCAAGGUGACAAGACGACAUCGGUGAAGAUUGAAGACGCGGCGAAGGCGUUCAGUACCGAGCGUGAACCUCGCCAAUGUGGAGCUCGACGCGGCGGCAACAAUGCUCGUGGACGCGGAGCCAACAACGUUCAGUGGCGAACCAACAACAACAACAACGACGACAACUACGAUCGAGUUGCGUUCGCGGUUUUGCUGGAGGCUGGACUUUCGACGGACAAGAAUAUGCCAGGGAUGUGGGCAGUCGACAGCGGUGCGACGCAUCACAUCUGCAACGACAAGGCCAAGUUUGCAAGCCUGAAUGAGCGAGAGGAAGGCGAACUAUCAGUGGCUGAUGGCAGCAAGGCUGCGAUCAAGGGUGUGGGAACCAUCAUGGAACGGGUGGUUCUGCCCAAUGGUGACGAACGCGACAUCGAGAUCAAGGACGCACUGUUCGUACCAAGUAUGAGCAAGAAUCUGCUUUCGGUGCCACAGAUCAACAAGGGUGGCAGGUUCCAAGUCGUGUUCGAUGGAUCCAAGAUGCAAGUGAAGCGCAAGAAUUCCACACAAGUCGUGGCAACGACGGACCUCGUUGAUGGACUUUACUGGCUGCGGACUCCUCAACGAUCGGCAAAUGCAGCAACACGCAAUGGGACUAUCGACUUGCAUGCGCGCAUGGGUCAUGCACCCCUCGAAGUUCUGCGCAAGAUGGUGGCCACUGGCAUGAUCAAGGACGCCAAGGCACCUCUCAACUCGACUGGUCCAAGUGUGUGUCGCGGUUGCCAGCAAGGAAAGAUGGUCCAAAAACCAUUCCCAACCAACCGUGACAAACGCCAAUAUGGUGUGUUCGAGUUGCUGCACUUCGACAUCUGCGGGCCAAUGGAACAAGUCUCGAUCGGCGGCAGCAGAAUACUUACUGCUUGUGGUUGA